GGCAACUGGGCAAGUUUUCCUCUGCACAGGUUUUGAUAAAUCUCCCCCAAUGUCUUUUCACCAAGCCACUUAUUACUUUUGCCAAUGAAAUGGGGCCCCGUCAUGCUGGAAAAAGUAUUGUUCAGCCCGCUCCCUUGGUGCUGCACUUUACUACAAUAUACCUAUAAUGAUAGGCAAUGAUACUAUAGCUUUUGCAAAAAGUACCGGCAGGGUUGAUGAACUGCUGGGUUAUAUUGGACAACUAGGGAUGUCAAUAACUAUAGAUGGAGAAACCUCAAGUGUACCAGAAAACAGCACUUAUAACAUCUCAUCCCCAAUGGAUGCAGUAGUAGCACAAGAGCUUUUGAAUAGCUAUCAAUCUGUUUUUUCAGCCAAAGUCCUAUCUUAUCUCUCCAGCCGCUGGUUGACCAUAUUUUUGCCGCUGAUAUAUAUCUUUGUGUUUCUGAUUGCAUUACCAUUAAAUAUAACUGCGAUCGUCAUGUUCCUGGUCAAGACAAAAUUGAAGAAGCCGGCAGUGGUGUACAUGCUGAACCUUGCCCUGGCUGAUGUGCUCUUUGUUUCUACCCUGCCUUUUAACAUAGUGUAUAGAUUCUCUGGGAAUAACUGGGUUAUUGGAGAUGAAAUGUGCCGUUUUACCAUUGCAGCAUUUUAUUGUAACAUGUACUGCUCUAUCCUUAUCAUGACAAGUAUGAGUGUAGACAAGUUUCUGGCUUUGGUUUAUCCUAUACAGUCUCUCUCUUGGCGUAAAGUAAGUCGAUCAUGGUUGGUCUGUAUCAUCAUUUGGGUCAUUUCCAUAUGUAGUACCAUUCCUCUUCUUAUACACAAGCAAACUAAGUACAUUGUCCUUAUUGGAAAAACAACCUGUCAUGAUGUACAGAAUAUAGAUAAUAUCAAUAAUUUUUAUCGCUAUUAUUUUUGCACUUUUUGUAUACUUUUCUUUUUCUUGCCAUUCAUUGUCACAACCUUUUGCUAUUUUGUAACCAUUAGAAGUCUGAGUUCCUCACAAUUGGGUGACACUGAGAUGAAGAGACAAGCUGUGAUCUUAGCCAUCAUUAUACUUUCUGCAUUCGUUUUGUGCUUCGGGCCGACCAAUGUCCUCUUUUUCAUUCAAAGUCUCCAUAUCACAUCUGAUUCUGCCAAUGACCUUUAUUUUGUCUAUUUAAUAUGCAUCGGUGUGUUUAGUAUGAGUUGCUGUCUUGACCCGUUGUUGUAUUACUUUACAUCAACACAAAAUUAUAGUAACUUAUGCAGGAUUCUGUGCUGCAAGAAAAACGAUGAUGGACUAACCCAAACUACCCAAAGUACACAAAUUACAACACAAAUAGAGGCCAUAAGCUGAAAGGUAAAUGAAAUACAGUAAGUGCAGAUUUAGUAAAAACUGG